AUGGAGCCCACACACAGAUUGCUGCGACAUGUCAUGGAGUGGCGUGAGUUGCGGUUACAAAACGAACCGAGUGCAGUACAUCACCUUGAUCGGCAACCUUGCCGAUCGCCAUGCCUUUCAGAUUCCGCCUUCCUUCGGCAACCUUCCACGCUUGGAACGCCUCUUUCUGUUCGCAUUCCCGAACCUGACUGGCCCGAUCCCUGAAUCCAUCUCAAAGCUCAAAAAUCUCAUGUUCCUUACCAUAUCCGACACCGCCAUCUCUGGUCCAAUACCAAGCUCCUUGGGCAAACUCAAGAACCUGGUAGACUUGGACCUCUCCUUCAACAAACUCUCUGGGACACUCCCUCCUUCUCUCUCUCAGUUGCAUCUUCUCACGAGGAUGGAUUUUGACAACAACAAGCUUACAGGUACAAUCCCUGAUUCAUAUGGCUCCCUAAAGAAUGUGUUCACUCUGGCCCUAUCGAAUAACCAGCUCUCAGGGAGAAUCCCAGAUUCCUUAGGAAAAAUGAAUAACUUGUACUAUGUUGGUUUGUCACAAAAUAGGCUUGAAGGUGAUGCAUACAUGCUUUUUGGGUCCAACAAAGGGACAGUUAGAAUGUUUCUCUCGAGGAAUAUGUUGGAGUUCGACCUUGGAAGAGUAGAAUUACCUGUGAAUAUGACAACAUUAGACGUGAGUCACAAUCGAAUUUACGGAAAACUCCCUGUUGGAGUGCAGAAUUUGGAGUCGUUGAAUGUGAGCUACAAUAGACUAUGUGGUGAGAUUCCAAAGGGAGGAAAUUUGCAGAGCUUUAAUGUGUCUUCAUACUCCCAUAAUGCGUGCUUGUGUGGGGUUCCGCUUCCGAGUUGCAAGUGAACAAUGUUUGUUACAAAGGGAUGUAAGCUCUAGUUAAUUAAUUUCAUAUGCUCUUGAGAGGUUCAUGA